CCGUGGUGGCUACAUUCGUCGACCUCCAGGGAGAGUCGCGCCUCCGCGUGCAGACCAAUCGUGACGGUCCUUUCACCGAUCGGAAUUCGAAGCUCGUGAUAAAAAGGCCGAUUACCGGUAUCCUAUUCCCUUUCGAGUGGCUGGAACUGGCGGACGAAAGCCGCUGACAACGUGCACGAGCCAGAUUGGUCGGAUCGCGACCUCGUCGAAGGCCCACCUUGCUCCUUUCGUCACGGAGACCUCAUCGAAGGACCGGAUGUGCGUUGUUCGAGUCGCGAGAAUCGCCCCGCAGAUCGUCAUUCACUUGUGAAUCUCUCGCGACAGCCCGGUGAACAUUACGCGCAGUUCAACUCGUGAUUAGCACACUGUCACGCCGAUAAGAGUACUCCGCAUGAAAUAUGUUGACGUGUUACAUGACCGCGCUGCAAUGCGAGUGGAUCGAGAAUCGCAAACGGUGGAAUUCCACCGGUGCGCCGCAAUCACAAUUGAGGAACAACGUUAACGUCGAAGGCGCCACUCAUAAGCAGGUGGUGGAUCUGAUUAAAUCAGGCGGCGAUGUCCUCACCCUGACCGUCAUUUCCGUGACGCCGCAGGAAGCGGAAAGAUUGGAGCCUUGCGAAGAUCUGAGUUACGCAUCGGUAGAUUACAGCGAGAAGCGAUCUCUGCCCAUCAGCGUGCCGGAUUAUCACGUCCGCGAGAGGAAGCACGAGCGUUAUGUAGUCUUCAAUGUCCACAUGGCUGGCAGGCACUUGUGCUCGCGUCGAUAUCGGGAAUUCGCGGCGUUGCAUAUGGCACUGAAGAAGGAGUUCAUAGGGUUCAACUUCCCGAAACUACCGGGAAAAUGGCCAUUCCAAUUGAGUGAGCAACAGCUUGAUGCAAGAAGACGCGGUCUGGAACAGUAUUUGGAGAAGGUCUGCGCAGUACGCGUGAUAGCGGAAAGCGAUGCCAUGCAAGAAUUUUUGACGGAUCGACUGGAGGAGGAUGGCGAUCAAGGUCCAGCGGUUGAUCUCAAAGUUUUGCUACCUGAUCGCGAAGUCGUCACCGUGACUGUUCCCAAGGCGGCGUCUGUGAAAGAUGUCUACGACGCAGUUUGCUGCCGAGUAGGCUUGGACACAGAAACCGCGAAAUAUUUUUACCUAUUUGAGAUUGUCGAAUACAAUUUCGAGAGAAAGCUGCAACCUCACGAACACCCGCAUACUUUGUACAUUCAAAAUUAUUCGACUGCCAGCGCAACGUGUUUGGCGAUAAGGAGGUGGCUUUUCACUGUAAAUAGGCCUCUGAGCGAACAGGCAUUGACUUGGAUAUUUUGGCAGACGAUCGAUGAAGUGAACAGGGGUCAUAUAACUGCUGGAGAAAGACUGUAUCAAUUGAAAGCUCUACAGGAUGCAUCGAGAAAGCACGAGUACCUAAAAUUAGCGAGAGAACUCAGUGGAUAUGGCGACAUUGUGUUUCCACAUUGCGCGUGCGACUCAAGGAAAGAGGGCCACGUGGUACCAGCAGUAGGCAUGGCGGUCUUCAAGUUGCAUGCCGCGAAGGAAGAUGGUACCCUGGAGUCACAGGUGGUCGAAUUUCAAUGGAGCACCAUCACUCGGUGGGAAGUGGACGAGGAUGGAAUGGCAUUCUGCUUCCAAUACACGCGCCAGGACAAUCGUCCACCCCGUUGGCUCAAGGUCUUCACUCCUUAUUAUACGUUCCUCUCGGAUUGCUUCGAUCGAAUAGCCGAAGAAGCGAAAUGGGAUGACCCAGGGGAAUGACGUAACGUACGACGCUAAGAGGUAUUCAAUGUAUAACUUUUGAGGAUAUAUCCUUUUACAGGAUAUUUCGCACUCUCCGUAGUCGAAAUUUUUUCUUAUUAGAAUUAGGACAGUCUUUAGAAACGGUUAACAUAGGUCCUUUAGCAUAUCAAAGUUUUUCAUCCGUUAGCUUUGCCGAACGUUUCCAAUGCUGUAUACCAAGAGAGUCCACGGUCAUCAUUGGAAAAAUAAAACGUGUUUGUGCGGAAUAUAGAUACAUAUACAUCUCAGUGAAACAGUGCUGUUAUCAGAGAAAAAAUUCGAUGGAUUACUGCUCGCAAGCAAUCUGAAACGAAAACGAAAUGUAAUGUAUAAAUUUAAAAUUAGAUUUAUCAUUGAUGCCACGCUUGUCCAUGAUCUAGUGAAGGAAUCUUGAUAUAGACCGGUAUUUAUAGUCCAUUCUUAUUUCAAGAUCGUCUUAAGUAAUAUC